GUGUGAUGUCAUGGGAGUGGUGGAAGUGGAACAUGAGAAGGAAAAUUAAAUUGCGGAAAAUUGCUAGAUUAGUUAGUACGUAAGUGCAGAAAGGUGUAGGCGUAGUGCGUUUAUAUUGCGGGAUUACGAUGAUUAAAGUGCGUGCGUUUAAGUUAUUAAAAUGUGUUCUCCUCAAUUAAAGGAUUUUUUUACAGAAACUGCAGUCUAGGUAAACCUAAAUAAUGAAUCUCUAUUUAUUUAUUUGAGAGGCACAGAAAUCAGAGGAAAUGGGUGCAUUUGAAAAAUUAAAGCUUUUGGUGUGGAAGAACUUCCUCCUUCAGAAAAGACAUAAAUUUCAAACUCUGUUUGAAAUUGCUUCACCUGUGAUAUUUUCAUUAUUUUUAAUUUUAAUAAGAUGUCUUGUGGAUCCAAAAGAAAAACCGGAAAUUGCUUAUCCACCAUUUCAACCAAUGUUUUAUAAUUCUAGUGGAAGGGACAUUGGUAACAUCACAACAGUAAAACAACAAGGUACCUUAGCAUUUUCACCAGACGGCGCAUUACCGAGGAAAGCGCUGAAAGAUGCCCUAGAAUUCGUAGCCAUGGACAACCUCAGUGGUCUACUUGCGCUCCUGUUUGAUCCUAAAAUGCUGCCAGAACCUAAGGGAUUUAAGGAUGCUCAAAGUAUGGAGAUGGCCCUGACACAGCCAAAUGCCAUGAAAUCUAUUCUUACUGGAGUGCAAUUUGAAGAUAAUAUGGCCAACGCCACUAAAUGGCCCGACAAUGUAGUGAUCACGAUACGAUUCCCCGCCACUAUGAGGACACCGAUGGUCGACAACCCUAUCAGGCUCAGUUGGAGGACGAAUCUCUUAUUCCCCUUGAUCUCGAAACCUGGCCCGCGAGAGCCUGACGACAAAUAUGGCGGGAAAACACCAGGCUAUUCCCUAGAGAUGUUCCUAGCAGUCCAACACGCAGUGUCACAAGCCGUCAUAAAGGAAAAGUUAGGAAAGUCCUUGGACACAAAAGUAUCACUGCAGAGGUUUCCCCAGUUAGCGUACAGAGACGACCCGCUGUUGGUCGCCCUUGAGAAGUUCAUAUCUAUGAUAAUAAUGUUGUGCUUUGCGUAUACAUUUGUAAAUACUGUGAGGGUCGUGACUGCUGAAAAGGAGCUGCAACUAAAGGAAACAAUGACAAUAAUGGGCUUGCCGUCUUGGCUGCAUUGGCUGGCAUGGUUCAUCAAGCAAUUUUCAUUCGUACUCAUUUCCGUCAUUCUUAUGGCCAUCUUAUUAAAGAUUCCAUUUAACUCCACCGAAACUGGAGUGCGAUACGCGGUGCUCACAUUCACGCCUUGGUCGGUGCUUUUAUUUUUCAUGGUGCUAUUCGUCAUAGCUUCGUUAGCGUUUUCUUUUAUGGUCAGCGUGUUCUUCACUAGAGCAAAUACCGCCGCCUCAUUCAUGGGACUGGCUUGGUUCACCACAUACUCGGUCUAUAUGCUGACGCAAAUCAUUUAUGAGGACGUUCAUUGGAUGAAAAAGAUGAUGCUGAGUUUAGUGUCCAAUGCGGCGAUGGGCUUUGCCUUUCAGAUGCUGGUUACUUGCGAAGGUACUUCGAGAGGUUUACGAUGGGGCGAAUUCUUCAAACCUAUAUCGUACCACGAUGACUUCAUGCCGGGACAUGUGGCCAUCAUGUUGGUCGUCGAUACAAUAUUGUACAUGCUAGUUGCCAUGUAUGUGGAGAAAAUCAUUCCGGGACGCUACGGAGUGCCCCUGCCUUGGUAUUUUCCUUUUACGAAAAGUUUUUGGGUGCCAAAUAAAUUUAAAAUUGCAGAUAUUUCUAAUAGUGCGGAUGCAGAAUAUAAGAAUGCGUUGCUGAAAGUGGUUCACGAUGAAGAACCUGAUGCAGUACCUGCUGUUAAUAUUAAAAAUCUUACAAAAAUUUACAAAGGACGAAAAAAAGCAGUAGACAAUUUAAACUUACGAAUAUAUGAUAAUGAAAUCACUGUAUUAUUAGGACAUAAUGGCGCCGGGAAAACAACAACGAUAUCUAUGCUGACAGGUACCGUACCACCAACGUCAGGAGUAGCCACUGUAAGCGGCUUCAACAUCGUAACGGAAACUGAGCAAGCGCGCAAAUCGCUCGGCAUCUGUCCGCAACACAACGUUCUGUUCCCGGACCUCACGGUGGAAGAACACCUCAUAUUCUACUCGAGGCUAAAAGGAGUGUCGCCUAGCCAGUUGGAUAGCGAAGUGGAGCAUUUUGUUAAGCUGUUGGAGUUGGAAGACAAGAGAAACACACUCUCAAGCAAUCUAUCAGGCGGGCAGAAGCGUCGACUGUCUGUCGGGGCCGCCAUGUGUGGGAAAUCGCGGGUAGUCCUACUGGACGAGCCUACUUCAGGCCUUGACCCGGCUGCCAGGCGGGGUCUGUGGGACCUCUUGCUUAAAGAAAAGAAAGGACGCACCAUAAUCCUGACAACGCAUUUCAUGGACGAGGCGGAUGUCCUCGGCGACCGAAUCGCCAUCAUGGCCGGUGGUAAACUACAGUGCAACGGCACGCCCUACUUCCUCAAGAAACAUUACGGCAUCGGGUACAAGCUCACCAUUGUGAAGGCCGAGAACUGCCACGUCGACGAUGUGACGAGGUUCUUCAAGCAGUAUAUACCGGAUAUUAAGGAAAAUUCUAACAUAGGUUCCGAGUUAACAUACAUCUUACCAAAUGAAAACGUUAGCAAGUUCCCUGAAAUGCUGAAACAGUUUGAAGAGAGAAGAGAUGCUUUGCAUGUUUCUAGCUACGGUCUGUCCGUCACCAGUCUUGAAGAAGUUUUUAUGAAAGUGGGAGCAGAAAAAGUAGAUGGAGAAAAUGGAGGUUCAGCUAUAAAUCUGAUGAACUCACAUAAUGACCACGCUAUAGUUCCUUUGGACCAACACUAUCAAAAUAAUUUAGAUACGGAACCGAUACAGAAAGAAAGAGGAUUCAAACUACUCAAAAACCACAUAAAGGCCAUGUUCCUUAAGCUAGCGUACAAUUCCACCAGGAACAAACUAGUGAUGUUCAUACAAGUAAUAUCGCCAAUCAUCAAUAUUUGUUUAUCUGUGGUUAUAGCGAGGUCAUGGAACUUCAUACGCUCGUUACCUCCUUUGACGCUUAGUUUAGAAAGCGGUUUUAAGAGAACACAGACGCUGAUAUCCUAUAGUCCAGACAUAGAAGCUGGUAGUAUGGGUGAGAAGGUUUUCAAGGCGUAUAAAGACUACUUCAAGCAGUCGAAGUAUCCUGGGAUGUCGUAUAAUGACAUCGCGACGAUGGAUAUGGGACAUCACUAUCUGAAACUGAGUAGAGAGGACCCCACGCGCGUUCACUACGAGAACGUCAUAGGCGCCACAUUCGAGCCCAGCUCUGUUACCUGCUGGUUCAGCAACUACGGGUACCACGACUCUGCCAUCUCGCUCGCACACGUGGACGAUGCUAUGAUGCGCGCUGCUGUACCCGGGAGCUCUCUGAAGAUCGUUAACCAUCCGCUACCGUAUAGCAUUGAGAAUCUUCUGAGAGUAAUGGCCACUGGUGGGACUAUGGGUUUUCAAUUCGCUUUCAACAUGGGAUUUUGCAUGGCGUUCGUUUCAUCAUUUCUGGUGCUCUUUGUGAUUAAGGAGCGCAUAAGUGGCGCGAAGCUCCUCCAGCGGGUGUCAGGCGUGCGGCCUGCAGUGCUGUGGUUCUGCGCUCUGGUGUGGGAGUGGAUCUGGCUACUCUCCAUCCAUCUUACCAUCAUCAUCACUCUGGCGUGCUUCCAGGAGGUCACGUUAUCGACACCUGAUGAACUAGGAAGAGUUCUGUUAGUCCUGGUGGUAUUUUCUUUAGGAAUAAUACCUAUUCACUAUGCAGCGUCAUUCUGCUUCGAAGCGGCCGCUACAGGGUUUUCAAAAAUGUGCUUCUUCAAUGUGUUCACGGGAUGCAUGCCUUUCCUAAUAACGGAGGUGCUGCGACUGCCAGAAGUGGGCAGCCCGUUCUACGCGCACUUGUUCGAUUGGAUAUUCUCCGUACUGCCACUUUACUGCUUAAGUAGGAGCUUGAGAGACAUGAGCGUGUCAGGGUUCGCGCUCACAGCGUGCGAUGCGCUCUGCAACCAAUUCGUGAACAUAAACAACUGCACGCGACAUACCUUGUGCAGCAAGUUGAACAUCAGCGUGUGUUGCAUCGAAGACUACCCGUUUUUGAAUUGGGAAGAGCCCGGAGUCGGCCGGUAUCUGUUCAUGAUGGCCUUCGUGGGAGUAUUCGUCUUCACCAUCAUGCUUCUCAUGGAAUACGAAGUUAUGAAUAAGGUAUUCUACAAGUCGAGCCCUCCUCCGCCGCCUCCCCCGGACGACGAAGAUCAGGACGUGUACCGCGAGCGGGACUACGUGCACUCUCCCAUCCCAGGGCGGGACAGUCUCAUCUGCAGAGACCUCACUAAAUACUACGGCGACUUUCUCGCUGUCAAUAGACUUUGCCUUUCUGUACACAAAGCAGAAUGCUUCGGGCUACUCGGUAACAACGGCGCGGGCAAAACCACCACGUUUCGAAUGCUGACCGGAGACGUGAGAAUAUCCAGUGGAGACGCCUUCGUACUUGGGCUAUCCAUCAAGACUCAGUUGCAGCAAGUCUACAGGCAGAUAGGAUACUGCCCUCAGUUCGACGCGCUCCUAGACAACCUGACCGCGCGGGAAAACCUGCGAAUAUUCUGCCUCCUCCGCGGCAUACCCACGAAGCUCGGGUCCAAGCGCGCCUGGCAACUCGCCAACGCGCUAGGGUUCGCUAAACAUUACGACAAACAGGUAUAUCAGUGCAGUGGGGGCACAAAAAGAAAGAUCAGCACUGCAGUGGCACUCAUGGGCGACUCACAGCUUCUUUUCUUAGACGAACCGACCACAGGCAUGGACCCAGCUUCAAAGCGCCUAGUUUGGUCGUCCAUCAGCUCAACAGUGAGCUCUGGGCGUAGCGUGGUGCUGACGUCACACAGUAUGGAGGAGUGCGAGGCGCUCUGUUCGCGGCUCACUGUCAUGGUCAACGGCAGUUUGCAUUGUUUAGGAUCACUACAGCAUCUUAAGAGCAAAUUCUCGCAAGGAUAUACUCUAGUAGUAAAGUGUCAAGGUGGGCAACAAAGAAAAACAGACUUGGAAAAUAUUAACGCUGCAAUAUUAGAACGUUUCAACGAAAUAACACUUGUAGAGUCCUACCUAGGCAUCAACACUUACUACAUAAAGGACCCUUCGCUGCCGUGGUGGCAAGUGUUCCACGUGAUGGAAGGUCUACGCUCGCAGCUCCCUAUGGAGGACUACUCCGUCACGCAGACCUCUCUCGAACAGGUGUUCCUUAGGUUCACUAGGUCUGAAUCCAGUGCUAAACAAACACCAGGGUAACAGCGUA